AUGAGAUGCGAGGAAUCUAAGAAAAACGAGGAGGAAGCGAUUGCUGAAAAGGCAGAUGCUGAACACGUGUCUAACAACCCAGUUGAAAGUUACGCCGACGUUACACCGAAGGAAAACGAAAAUGCGUCGUCUACUUACGAGCAUUCACCGAUGGUUGAUGAUAAUAUAUAGAUUUAGCCACGGCUAAAAGCGAAGCUCCCAUUGAUAAAUUUAUAACUUAAAUCAAACAAUAAUUUUGUAUUCCACAAAACAGUUAACUUAAGGGCACAUUCAUGUGACUUUUGAGGAAAAAGCUAAGUGAUUUUGGAGUGAAACAAAUCUUGUAUCGAGUUGAUAUAGCCUUAUAUGUACACCCAAAAAAUAGUCUUCGGUCACAUUUAAGAGCAAUAAUGGCUCUUGAUCACAGUAGAUAAGGCGUGGAAAACAAAUUCUUGGAAAACAAAUCAGGUCGAAUUUUUUGCGUUCGACAAGUUUACAAAUUCUUGCCAAUAAAUCUGGGUGCGUGCAAACCAAUCUUUUAUUUAUUUUUUUUUAUACACCACAUCUGAGGAGAAAGAGUACUAUGAGGCGCUGUUUUUAUCAUACAGACCUCGUACAAAAUGCAGUAUUUCACAAUUUUUCAAGACAAAUUGAAUUCAUUCAAUAUUCAGGACCAUCGAAGCAAGCGUGGACUUUUAAUUAGCGAAACCGUUCAAAAAAUUUCCAAAAUUAUCUAUACGGCCAGCCGGUUCUAACUUUUGACAAGCGCCAAAUUUGCGAAGAAAUUUUAAAAGAGUUACGCUUCAACGUGAUAAAGAAUUUAUUGAGUCUAUUUUUUAUUAAUGGUUUUAUAACGAUGUGUAAUCUUAAAAAGCGUUUGAUACGUUCGGCAUUUUGAGUACUCCUGCAAGCGAUGUUUUUGAACGGCGAAAACAAACGGCAAAGCGAUGAAAAUUACACUUUUGAGACUACCAACAAUCAAUAAAGAAAUAUAAUUCGGUAGAACAUUUACAGAGACAACAAUUUUCAUUCACGAAAACAAAUGAGUAUUUAAGUAUCUCUAAGAAUCCUCAAGUCUUUACUAGUAAGAUUAAAGAUUAAGUUUAUGUUUUAAGCCGCCGGUUUCCCGGUGUUUGCUGUUUUCAAAGAUGAACUCACGACAAGAAAAUCGCUCAAAGCUUUCUUUCUACAGCCAAAAUUAUAACUAAAUAUUCUUCGGAAAGUCUUUUCUUUCUAUUUACGGUGAAUUAAUAUCGACUAAAGGCUUUUUAAAGUUCUGUAAGCUUAAGCUUAAAUCAAACCUCAUACUAGGUCAGAUCAGUGUCUCAGUCAAAUCUUAAUACAAACGUGCAUACACUAGCUUCAUAAACUGCGCCGCUGGACUUCAUGAAACUAUAUUUAAAUACAAUAAUUACUCAGGCUUACCAUAAUUCGAGAUGCAGCUCCUGAAAGCUAUCAAGUAAGGCAAGGAUCGCUUGAGCCUUUAUAAUUCUCGUACGCAUUCAGCAAGGUGAAAAACAAAAACGAUGCCAUCCGAAAUCGGAUUAACGGCUUUGACAAGCGACGCAUUUCUCAACCAAAAACCCAAUAAACAAACCAGCCAUGAAUAAGAGAACACUCUUGAUAGCAGCUGUAUUUCAUUUUGUACAUCCAGUGGAAAAAGACAGUUAAAAACAUCACAAGUUGACUCAAACUCUGUCAGCUUCAGCUGUCAAAGUAAACAACUUUCAAGAUGCUGCAUAAAUUUUAUGCAUGAACUCACCUGUCAAAUUUUAACCAAUAAGAGCAUAAAAAUUGGACGUGGAGCGUGAUCAACACGUGACCAUGGUAAGAAAAGGUCUUCCCCGCCUGUAUUUUAAAAAAACUGGCUGAAUUUUUGCGUCUGAGGUCAGUUUGAAAUCAAAAUCUUAAUAGUGCGGGACGAUACUGACAUAAACACAACAUAUUUGAUAUGAAUUUAAAAAAAAGUAAACGUGAGCCUGCGAUCACUUGAAAACGAGUAAAUUGUCAGCGGAUAACUUCAAAAACACUCGACCUUGAUGGGUCGACACCUGAGCCCGCGAUACGGUCAGGUGAUACUGGUCAGCGGAUACCCUGUUUUGACAGCUGUCAAUUGAUGACAACAUUGAUGUGCAGUCAGCUUUCUCCUGGGCUCCUAACGUAACUAAGAAAGUGUGAGAGUAAACAUUGGUAUGCCUGUGGUGCGGACGGACGGUCGGUCGGUCGGUCACGUGAUUACCAAAUUUUCUGGGAUGGGUAGAUUUAUUUACCCAUGGUGCUCCGCAGGCGCGCUUCGCGCGCGGAGCUCCGCUAAUACUGAGGAUGGUGACCAUAGUAACGUAGAAGGAUUACCAGAUACGGAUACUCAGAAUGUUACGAAACGAUUCAAACAAGAAAAUGAUGAUAACAGUGUCAAAAGUGACGGUAACCAAAAAUUUAGUGAGAUUUCAGUGAGUUUUGACGAAGAGCAAAGCAAAUUUUCUAACACAGUUGAGGAGGUACCAAAAAAACAAGAAGGAGGAGAAAUUUUAGAGAAACAUGAAGGAGAGGAGGAAGUCGAAGAUUAUAAUCGAGAAAAACAGAGAUUAGGAGAUAAGGAAGACGAACAUGUACUAACGCCAGACCAAGACUCACAACAAAAUGAUGAAAAACAACAGCAGCCAGAAGAAAGAGAUAAUCAAAUUCUUGUAUGUGAAGAGCAAGUAGACAAGGACAAAGAAAGAAAGCACAUGGAAGAAACUAUUAUUGAGACAACUAUAGAAAAAUCAUCACCUUGUGGACAGCAUAACGUAACGGCUCGGGAUGAGUAUACUCAGGGCAUAAGUUCAAGAAAUAAUAAUAACAAACGAAACAGUGAAGCACUAGGAUUAUGA